UAAACGGACGUUUUCCAACACUACUUUCCAUGCGCUGCCGCAAAAUUCGUUAAUUAUUUUUAAGAUAUUCACAAAAAUGUCUUCACUGCGAAGUGUUGUUGGAAUUCUAGCGCUCACCAGGUCCCUGGGGUGCCCAAUCACAGUUCAAACACAUCGGCACAUCAAACGGUGGGUCGCACCGACGUUACGUGAACUUGCCCACCGCCAGAAGAAGCUAGGACCCCAGAAGCCGGAGCCUCGCGCUGGAUUUGUAGAAUGGAACGAACGGUCCGAACUAUUUGCAUUCGGUAAACGGUUGGGUGAAUCCUUCCAGCUGCCCCUCCUGCAGCGAGCAUUUACUGAGAAGUCGUUCGCCCGGAUGGAGGAGGAGAAACGCAGAAAGCUUGGGAUUGAGGAGAAUGAUCUGCAUGUUGCCGACAACGGCGACCUAGUUGAAAAGGGCCGCCACAUUUCCAAGGCCUACGUGGAGGCAUUCCUUCAGCACCAACUUCCAAAGGUUCCGAAAGAGGGUCUUGUUCAGAUAGCCAACUAUCUUCUAAGCACCGAUACCUUGGCUCACGUCUCCACCCACUUGGGUACCAAGGACUUAAUCCACUCCACAGAGUACCCGCCUUCCAAAGAAAGUCUGGCCGAGUCCCUUCAAGCUGUAAUUGGAGCUUUAGCGGAUUCCAGUGGCGUUGAGCGUGCCUUCCUCUUCGUCAGAGAUUUUAUCUGCACCCAACUGAACCAAAAGGACUUGCUGGACAUAUGGACACCAGAAGAACCCCUUCAACUGCUUGAGAAAAUUUGCACCGAGCGGAAACUGGGCGAACCAGAACCACGACUGCUAGGUGAUUGUGGAAAGAACACGGUACUAGCAGCCUAUCAAGUUGGCAUCUAUGGAAAUCGGCAGUUGCUUGGCCAGGGAUUUGGCGAAGAUGUGAAAACUGCAACGGAGACGGCAGCCAUUGAUGCCCUGCAGCGGAUAUUCGACACCCACGAAAACCGAAGACCAUUUGACUUUGGCCUUCAGCUGGAGACCCAAAACGUGCGACUAGCCUAGGAUAAAUGAAUUAGUAUCUAAACCUGCGUCCUUGUUGAUUAUUGUAAUUUGCACUAAACACAUGUCACGCUUUGUCAGAGAAGUUUGAAUUUUAAAAUCA